AUGGCUCCCAAAUUUUUGACAGGCGACAAGGCCGGCAUUGACGAGUUCCUCAACAAGUUCGAUNGCGUCCUCUGGUCGGGCGAUCAUCUCUUCGAAGGCACCAAGGAGACUAUCGAGAUGCUCAGAAGCAAAGGAAAGCAACUGGUCUUCGUGACCAACAACAGCACGAAGUCGCGUCAGGACUACAAGAAGAAGUUUGAUAGCAUGGGCAUCCCUUGCAAAGUGGAGGUCUUUGGUUCUGCCUACAGUGCAGCCAUCUACAUUGCUCGCAUCCUCAAGCUCGAGGCACCCAAGAACAAGGUCUUUGUGCUUGGAGAGUCGGGCAUCGAAGCCGAGCUGGCAUCUGAGAACGUGCCAUACUGCGGAGGUACUGAUCCCAACCUUCGCCGCGAGAUGAAGCCAGAAGACUUCACCAACAUUGCCAACGGCAGCGCCCUUGACCCUGAUGUCGGUGUUGUGCUGGCUGGUCUUGACUUCAAUGUCAAUUACUUGAAGUUGAGCAUGGCAUACCACUACCUCCGCAGAGGAGCUGUCUUCCUGGCAACCAACACCGACUCGACUCUGCCCAACUCUCACACACUCUUCCCUGGUGCUGGCUCGGUCGGUGCACCUCUCGUCAAGGCGUGGGGCAAGGAGCCUUUGGCUUUGGGCAAGCCUAGUCAAGCCAUGAUGGAUGCAGUAGAGGGCAAGUUCCAGUUCGACCGCAGUCGUGUCUGCAUGAUUGGAGAUCGUCUCAACACAGACAUCCAAUUCGGCAUCGAGGGCAAGCUUGGAGGUACACUAGCCGUCUUGACUGGUGUCAGCAAANAGGAAGAGUUCUUGGCCGAAGAUGCUCCUGUGGUUCCAUCAGCAUAUGUUAACAAGCUUGGUGAUUUGCUGGGAUAG